UCACACUACAACACAAGCCAGCAACAACCAGCUAAUCUCCACGCCUCAACUUCAACGUUGACCACUCAACUCACCGACCAACUCAUCACCAUCAUGCAUUUCACAAGCAUCAUUACCGGAGCCGCCGCUCUCUUUGCAUCGGCCUCCAUGGCCCAGCCAACUGCCCGCCAGGCUCCCGUAGCCUACGCCAACGUCAUGGUCUACAACUCUGCCGACCACAGUCAACAGCCCGUCAGAAUUCCCUUUGGCCAGCUCACCAACCUCGACCAGUACAAGAUCACCAAGCUUGAUCUCGUGGGCCUCAGCGUUCACAUCCCCGACAUUCCUUCUCCUGAUAUCAAGGACGUCGUCUGCCAGCGCUACAACGACAAGUACGGUGUCCAGCUUGGCAGCACUGAGUUCACCUACGAAAACCCUGCUCUCAUUAGCACCAACCCCGUUGAGUUUGGCUGGGUCCUGUGCUAUGUCAGGGGCAAGUCUUCCUGA